AACUUUAAAAACAAAGCGCUAAUAAAAAAAACUCAUGUGAAAUUAAACAAAAAAAGAAUAACAAAACAUUUCUAAAUCGUUAUUAACAUUGUAAAUAUUAAUAAAUUUAAAUAAAAAUGCGUUAUGCCCAGGUGGUAAUAGGACCAGCCGGAAGUGGUAAAUCCACUUACUGUUCAUUCAUGCAACGACAUGCUCAAGAUUCCAAACGUGUUAUUGAAGUGGUGAAUUUAGAUCCCGCAGCCGAACACUUUGAUUAUCAACCCUUAGUCGAUAUAAGAGAUCUUAUACAGCUAGAUGAUGCCAUGGACGAUGAAGAGCUACACUAUGGCCCCAAUGGAGGUUUAGUGUUUUGUCUCGAAUUUCUUAUUGAAAAUCAGGAAUGGUUAAAAAAUCAACUUUGUGGUGGUGGCGAUGAAGAGGAGGAUGGUUUAAAUGUUGAACCAGAUGAUGAUUAUAUACUCUUUGAUAUGCCGGGACAAAUCGAAUUAUUUACACAUCUUAAUAUGGGCAAACUGUUGGUGCAGCUAUUAGAGUCUUGGAAUUUUCGUAUAUGUACAGUUUUCCUGGUCGAUUCACAGUUUAUGAUAGAUGGUGCUAAAUUCCUAUCUGGUACAAUGGCCGCUUUAAGUGUUAUGGCCAAUUUAGAAAUGCCUCAUGUUAAUGUUUUAACAAAAAUGGAUUUGUUAAGUAAAACGGCUAGAAAACAAUUGGAUAAAUAUUUAGAUCCUGAUCCUAGAGCUCUGUUGGGUGACGUAACACAAGAAUCGGCAUGGGGUAGAUCACAUCGUAAGCUAUCGGAGGCGAUAGGAUCGUUAAUUGAAGAUUUUAGCUUAGUACGUUUCGUGCCCAUGAAUGUGGAUGAUGAAGAAAGUAUACAGGAUUUGUUGCUACAAAUUGACAAUGUCAUACAAUAUGGUGAAGAUGCUGAUGUAAAAGUACAUGAUUUUGAUCCACCAGAGGAAGAAGAAAAUGAUAAUAUUAACAUGUUUAAUUAAAAGAUAACUUAAAAUAAAGAAAACUUUAACAAUUAAGAAAAGUAA